GUGGUUGAAAACCUGAACUCAUUUUUCUACCUACAUCUCGAAAAGACCUGUAUUUACUUUGUUGGAGAUUGUAUCGAUUCAACGACAUUACUUUGUGCUCUGACUCUGUCAACGAGCUGCUGGUCCUACUUGACGAGUGUGAUGUGUGACACCUCCACUGUCGCUUAAUUUUUUUCAACCUUGAUCUUUGGACAACAAAUUCACCUCGUUCUUUCCUCGUCUACGAACCAACCACGUGCUUCAUCUUGGCACAUUCACAAUCAGAUCUGAGAUCUCACCGACCAACACGACAUUCACCAUGGCUGAAACCACUUCUAUGAAGAGGAAGCGUCCAAGAACACAAUCUCUUCCUCCUCCCGAACUUCCUCGCCUAGUCGCCGAACAGCAUGUACCGAUUGCAGCUAGUGAUAAAGAUACUAAGAGAUUGAUUGUGGUUUUGUCCAAUGCUAGUCUGGAGACCUACCGCGCAGCCCACAGCGGAUCGAAGGCCGGUGGCAAGGAGGACAAAUACUCGUUGUUGAACAGUGACGAACAUAUUGGUGUGAUGCGCAAGAUGGGACGCGACAUCAGCGAUGCCAGACCGGAUAUUACUCAUCAGUGUUUACUCACCUUACUCGACUCGCCCAUCAACAAAGCCGGCCGUCUUCAGAUUUACAUCCACACCGCAAAAGGGGUUUUGGUCGAAGUCAGCCCAACCGUCCGAAUCCCUCGAACCUUCAAGCGCUUCGCUGGUCUCAUGGUGCAAUUGCUCCAUAAAUUGUCCAUUAGGUCGGUCAAUUCACAAGAGAAGUUGCUCAAAGUCAUCAAGAAUCCCAUCACCGACCAUCUCCCACCUAAUUGCCGUAAGGUGACGCUCAGUUUCGACGCCGAUGUGGUGCGGGUACGAGAUUACGUCGAGACGCUUGGGGGAAACGAAAGCAUUUGCGUGUUUGUCGGGGCCAUGGCGAAAGGGAAAGACGACUUUGCCGACGCCUUCAAAGACGAAUCUAUUUCCAUCAGCAAUUACAGUCUGAGCGCCAGUGUCACCUGCAGCAAAUUCUGCCACGCGUGCGAAGACGCUUGGAACAUCAUCUGAGGUAUGCCCAACUUUUGUUUGCUUGAUUGAUCGAUCUGCUGUCGUGGUUGCAUCCACACACAGAGACUUGAAUCAUGUUUGUUAUUUUUCUCAUCAUCUCUCGGUCGUGAAUCGAAAACCAAUCCCCAAAGCGACCACGCCGUAUCGGUACUUUGUCCUUCUUCGGCGGCACCAGGCCAGAUCACAACAUCUAAGCCUGUUUGUCAUUGUUGGAGAGGAUCAAGCCGGGUUCGACGUCUCUGGUUUAUCAACUGGCACGAAAGGGUGCUUCGUGUUGAGGAAUGGACAAAAGUUGGAACGUGCGUUUGUUUUCACAACAAGACAUAACUGUGGUUCAACAUAUGGAAAACCUCAAUGCGAACAAACCUUUCCGCCUCAAGGAAAUGGUUCCGUUUCGCGUAGUGUGCAUGUCAACCAUGCCCUACAUCAAUAUUUUAAUCCGAGGAACGAGGACGAGAGUGAAAUCAACAGCAGAGUUGGUUGGGUGAUUUCAAGGUCAAACAAAAUUAUGAUGAAGGAAAGAAAAGUCUCGAUUUAAACAAAACAGUGAAAGGGGGCCGGGAGUUCUGGGUUUUGGUGUUGAAAGGAGAAAGGUGUUGUGGAGUCCAUCGACAGAAGUGCUGGAUGUGUGUUGAAACAUGCGGCCAGAUCAGUCAGACCAGAGGCAGACGUGGUACCUGGGAUCAGAUCAGAUAUGAUGAGACGAACCCGAGGAAUGAAGCCUAAUGAACACGAGUAAAAGAUUACUAUGGUCGAUUUACUCGGCUUAGAACCAUAGUCCUUGACAUUUGAUCUCUUCAUCAAACCCAAACAACAUCUAUGGUGGAUGAACGAUGGAUGAACUGUAUAAUGCUAGCAA